GCAGGAACUUCCCACCGAGGGCGAGGAAAGCAGGAAAGAAGGAGGCAGGGAGAGACUUGAAACGUCUCAAUAACUUUAAAAACACACCAGAACACCCGUUCAGGAGAUGAGGUAAGCCAAGGUUAGCCAACCCCAAAUGGUUGUGAAAUAUCAGACAGACCCGGAGCCGCUGUGGCUUUAAAAGUGGCCAAGGAAAUCUGUUUUUCUUGCCCCAUUACUUUUUUUUCCCCCUUGUCCCUCCUUCCACCUCGCCGGGUCCCAGUCCCUUUCUCCUACUUCGUCUCCCUUUCCUCGAUCACCCUCCUCUUUUGCCCUCCCCCAUCUGAUUAGGCGCGGUCUGGGAAGGGUGGGAGUGGUGGGGGAAGCUCUCCCUUUAAGAGGCAGCGUGCAGUGACGAAUUGUUGAAAUUGCCAUUGCAGGAUGGCAUGCCGCUAUAAAUUCAUUGUUCCACCUCCUCGCAUCUUCACAGCGCUCGCGCUGCUCUCGGCGCUCGCAGCGGCCGACUGGGGAUGACGGCGGGCAGGAAGACACCGCAGCCGAAGGGACACAGACACGCCGCUUCACCAGCUCGCCUCAGGCUGCCCCCUGCAUUUUUGUUUUAAUUUUUAUGGCUUUUUCCCGUCUCUUUCUUCCCUUCCUCCUGGUCCCAGCAGAGCCAAGGAAACCCACAAAAUAAGAAAGGAAGUGGGCCCCGGAGCUUGGAACCUCCGCAGCCGGCUUGUCCAGCGCAGCGCGGGGGCGGGAGGCUGCGCGCACCAGUUGCCAACCCGGUGCGCGGUACCUUUCCUUACUUUUCUUGGAACAGCCAUCGUGCCUGCAUUUGGUGGUUUUUUGGUUUUUGUUUUUUCCCUUUUCCCUUAUUUGCUGAAUCUCCACUAUCCGACUUUUUUUUUUUUUUAAUUUUUUUUUUUUUUCCCCUCCUCUUCUUUCUGGAGCACGAAUCCAAACAUUUUCCCAAGCAACAAAGAAAAGUUCGCACGCUGGCACCGCAGCCGGGACAGGCUGGCGCUGCUGCCGGGCCCCCUCCCUCCGACACUUGACUCAAUCCUGCAAGCAAGUGUGUGUGUGUCCCCAUCCCCCGCCCCGUUAACUUCAUAGCAAAUAACAAAUACCCAUAAAGUCCCAGUCGCGCAGCCCCUCCCCGUGGGCAGCGCACUAUGCUGCUCGGGUGGGCGUCCCUGCUGCUGUGCGCGUUCCGCCUGCCCCUGGCCGCGGCCGGCCCCGCCGCAGCACCUGCCCAGGAUAAAGCCGGGCAGCCUGCGACUGCUGCAGCAGCCGCCCAGCCCCGCCGGCGGCAGGGGGAGGAGGUGCAGGAGCGGACCGAGCCUCCCGGCCAUCCGCACCCCCUGGCGCAGCGGCGCAGGAGCAAGGGGCUCGUGCAGAACAUCGACCAACUCUACUCUGGCGGCGGCAAGGUGGGCUACCUCGUCUACGCGGGCGGCCGGAGGUUCCUCUUGGACCUGGAGCGAGAUGGUUCGGUGGGCACUGCUGGCUUCGUGCCCGCAGGAGGCGGGACGAGUGCGCCCUGGCGCCACCGGAGCCACUGCUUCUAUCGGGGCACAGUGGACGGCAGUCCCCGCUCUCUGGCUGUCUUUGACCUCUGUGGGGGUCUCGACGGCUUCUUCGCGGUCAAGCACGCGCGCUACACCCUGAAGCCGCUGCUGCGUGGACCCUGGGCGGAGGAGGAAACCGGGCGCGUGUACGGGGAUGGGUCCGCACGGAUCCUGCACGUCUACACCCGCGAGGGCUUCAGCUUCGAGGCCCUGCAGCCUCGCGCCAGCUGCGAGACCCCCGCGUCAACACCGGAGCCCCACGAGCGUCCUCCGGCGCACAGCAAUCCGGGCGGACGCGCAGCACUGGCCUCGCAGCUCUUGGACCAGUCCGCUGUCUCGCCCGCUGGGGGCCCAGGACCGCAGACGUGGUGGCGGCGGCGGCGCCGCUCCAUCUCCCGGGCCCGCCAGGUGGAGCUGCUUCUGGUGGCUGACGGGUCCAUGGCGCGGUUGUAUGGCCGGGGCCUGCAGCAUUACCUGCUGACCCUGGCCUCCAUCGCCAACAGGCUGUACAGCCAUGCUAGCAUCGAGAACCACAUCCGCCUGGCUGUAGUGAAGGUGGUGGUGCUAGGCGACAAGGAUAAGAGCCUGGAGGUGAGCAAGAACGCGGCCACCACACUCAAGAACUUUUGCAAGUGGCAGCACCAACACAACCAGCUGGGAGAUGACCAUGAGGAGCACUACGACGCAGCUAUCCUGUUUACUCGGGAGGAUUUAUGUGGACAUCAUUCAUGUGACACCCUGGGAAUGGCAGACGUUGGGACCAUAUGUUCUCCAGAGCGCAGCUGUGCUGUGAUUGAAGACGAUGGCCUCCACGCAGCUUUCACUGUGGCUCACGAAAUCGGACAUCUACUUGGCCUCUCCCAUGACGAUUCCAAAUUCUGUGAAGAGACCUUUGGUUCCACAGAAGAUAAGCGCUUAAUGUCCUCCAUCCUUACCAGUAUUGAUGCGUCUAAGCCCUGGUCCAAAUGCACUUCAGCCACCAUCACAGAAUUCCUGGAUGAUGGCCAUGGUAACUGUUUGCUGGACCAACCACGAAAGCAGAUCCUGGGCCCGGAAGAACUCCCAGGACAGACCUAUGAUGCCACUCAGCAGUGCAACCUGACAUUCGGGCCCGAGUACUCCGUGUGUCCCGGCAUGGAUGUCUGCGCUCGCCUGUGGUGUGCCGUGGUCCGCCAGGGCCAGAUGGUCUGUCUCACCAAGAAACUGCCUGCUGUGGAAGGGACGCCUUGUGGAAAGGGGAGAAUCUGCCUGCAGGGCAAAUGUGUGGACAAAACCAAGAAAAGAUAUUAUUCAACAUCAAGCCAUGGCAACUGGGGGUCUUGGGGAUCCUGGGGCCAGUGUUCUCGCUCAUGUGGAGGAGGAGUGCAGUUUGCCUAUCGCCACUGUAAUAACCCUGCUCCCAGAAACAACGGACGCUACUGCACAGGGAAGAGAGCCAUCUACCGCUCCUGCGGUCUCAUGCCCUGCCCACCCAAUGGUAAAUCAUUUCGUCAUGAACAGUGUGAGGCCAAAAACGGCUAUCAGUCUGAUGCAAAAGGAGUCAAAACUUUUGUGGAAUGGGUUCCCAAAUAUGCAGGCGUCCUGCCAGCGGAUGUGUGCAAACUGACCUGCAGAGCCAAGGGCACUGGCUACUAUGUGGUAUUUUCUCCAAAGGUGACCGACGGCACUGAAUGUAGGCCGUACAGCAAUUCUGUCUGCGUCCGGGGGAAGUGUGUGAGAACUGGCUGUGACAGCAUCAUCGGCUCAAAGCUGCAGUAUGACAAAUGCGGGGUAUGUGGAGGAGACAACUCCAGCUGUACAAAGAUUGUUGGAACCUUUAAUAAGAAAAGUAAGGGUUACACUGACGUGGUGAGGAUUCCUGAAGGGGCAACCCACAUAAAAGUUCGACAGUUCAAAGCCAAAGACCAGACUAGAUUCACUGCCUAUUUAGCCCUGAAAAAGAAAAAUGGUGAGUACCUUAUCAAUGGAAAGUACAUGAUCUCCACUUCAGAGACUAUCAUUGACAUCAAUGGAACAGUCAUGAACUAUAGUGGUUGGAGCCACAGGGAUGACUUCUUGCAUGGCAUGGGCUACUCUGCCACGAAGGAAAUUCUAAUAGUGCAGAUCCUUGCAACAGAUCCCACGAAACCAUUAGAUGUCCGUUAUAGCUUUUUUGUUCCCAAGAAGUCCACUCCAAAAGUAAAUUCUGUCACUAGUCAUGGCAGCAAUAAAGUGGGAUCACACACUUCGCAGCUGCAGUGGGUCACGGGUCCAUGGCUCGCCUGCUCUAGGACCUGUGACACAGGAUGGCACACCAGGACGGUGCAGUGCCAGGAUGGAAACCGGAAGUUAGCGAAAGGAUGUCCUCUCUCCCAGAGGCCUUCUGCGUUUAAGCAAUGCUUGCUGAAGAAAUGUUAGCCUGUGGUUAUGAUCUUAUGCACAAAGAUAACUGGAGGAUUCAGCACUGAUGCUGUCGUGGUGAACAGGAGGUCUACCUAACUCACAGAAAGUCAUGCUUCAGUGGCAUUGUCAACAGGAGUCCAAUAAUGGGCAGAAUCUGCUCUCUGUGACCAAAAGAGGAUGUGCACUGCUUCACGUGACAGUGGUGACCUUGCAAUAUAGAAAAACUUGGGAGUUAUUGAACAUCCCCUGGGCUUACAAGAAAGAAACACUGAUGAAUGUAAAAUCAGGGGACAUUUGAAGAUGGCAGAACUGUCUCCCCCUUGUCACCUACCUCUUAUAGAAUGUCUUUAAUGGCAUCAUAAUCAUUUUCACCCAUAAUACACAGUAGCUUCUUUUUACUGUUUGUAAAUACAUUUUCCCUUGAUAUGUCACUUUAUAUCCCUUGGUUCUAUUAAAAUAUCCAUAUAUAUUUCUAUAAAAAAAAGUGUUUGACCAAAGUAGGUCUGCAGCUAUUUCAACUUCCUUCAGUUUCCAGAAAGAGCUGUGGAUAUUUUACUGGAAAUUAAGAACUUGCUGCUGUUUUAAUAAGAUUUAGUAUAUUUUGACUACAGGAGAUAAAAUUUCAGUCAAAAAAUCAUUUUGACAACAAGUAUCUUCUGAGAAAUUUUGAAAAGUAAAUAGAUCUCAGUGUAUCUAGUCACUUAAAUACAUACACGGGUUCAUUUACUUCAA